UUUUUUUAAUCUGGAAGGACACCAUCGACGAAAACUUAACAAUACGCAAAAUUCAUUGUGAGCCCCCGACAGCCGUUAGAGGUUUUGUCCCGAGCCGGUUUCCAUAGUCACUGAAAUAUUCUGAGGCGCGCACGCGCUGUUGGAAAGUGUGUGAGAAAAUGGCAGACGUAUCUUUGGAUGAAGUUAUACGACAGCGCCGUAUCAACCUCAAGGCUCCAGCCAAACGGCCCAUGUUUGGACGGGGUCAAGGGAUGGAUGGCAAAAGUUUUGACGCUCGGCAGAAGAUCGGGGCUAAUGAUGUAAGACAGCGACUUGGAGGAGGCACCGGUUUUCAAGUGAAAGAUGCCAGAGAAAAGCUGGGUCAGAAGGAUGCUCGCUUCAAAAUUCGUGGCCGGGGAGGAGCAGGAGCAGUGCAGGAUGCUCGUCAGAUGAUCAACUCACGCAAACAAGGGCAGAAUCAGUUCAGCGUGCCUGCACAGAUCAUUCAAAAGACAGCAGCAGCACACCAACUGCAGAGCCAGACACAUGUACCGCAGAUACAGAUACACACCAACAACAACCUUGCCGGUGUGAACACUAGGCAGUUUGCCCCGAACGUACAAGGACUGAGUGUGAGGGCCACCGUAACACCACAGCUGAGUAGUAACAAAAGAAUGAUGGAUGCUCGUGAUAGGCUGAGCCUCAAGAGGAGCAUUGGAGGGACACAGAUACAAGGAACUGCUGCACCACCUCUAAAAAUAACCAAGACCAUUCAGCAACGUCCGAUCGGGAUGUCUGGUGGAAUCCGUGCAGCUACACAGCCAGUCUUAAAUGAACUGGAUGGGGCCCAAAGUAAACAAAUAAAGAUCACUACUCCAAACAGUAUGCUACAAGCGAGGGCCGGUCCAGUGGGCUCCACAUUCUCCAUGUCAGCCCCCAUCACCAAAGUGGUUAAAAAUGAUGCUUACACUGCCCCACGUCCUCCUGUCCCCGUGGCUCCCACUCGGCCCACCACCAGCAUGGCUGCCGCCCGGUCCUCGGCUGCAGCCUUACAGCCAGUCUCUAGGACUCUUCAGCAGAGCACAGCAGAAACCAGCGCAACAGCUCCUUCUCCCCCUCAGCCUGCUUUCAGCCCUUUGGAGGGGACGAAAAUAACGGUGAACAACUUGCAUCCCCGGGUCACUGAGGAAGACAUAGUGGAGCUGUUCUGUGUGUGCGGUGCCUUAAAGCGAGCACGGCUGGUGAAGGUAGGCGUAGCUGAAGUGGUGUUUGUCCGUAAAGAGGAUGCCGUGAGCGCGUACAGAAAGUACAACAACCGCUGUUUGGACGGCCAACCGAUGAAGUGUAACCUUCAUAUUCAGGGAAAUGUCAUCACCUCUGAUCAGCCCAUUUUAUUGAGACUCAGCGACACUCCAGGUGCAGGCAGCGGCACAAAGAAAGACGGUCUGCCCCCCAACUUGUCGCGCCCCGCCAGCCAGCGAGCUUCGUCUCAGCCCACUCCAGAAGUGGACCCCCAGACCAUCCUCAAAGCUCUGUUCAAGUCCACCGCACAGUCCACCUCCACCACCGAGCCCCCCAGCUCGCAGGCCACUGCCUUUCGCAUCAAGAUAUAGGUCACGUCUGAUGUCAAUAUGCCAUCUGUUCAUAUUACUACAUUCGGUGUUCACAUAUAAACCGUGGUUUUCACGUUGACAGCAGGCAGCCCGCAUUCUCUCAUCAACUGAUUUUUACACAUUUGAUAUACAUGACUACUGUGGAUGUAAAAGUCAUAGAUAAGCAACAUGUUUGUUUUGGUUUUGUGGUAUCAGAUGUCACCAGUAUGUUUCUGAAAUGGACCAGGGGAAAGAGGGGUGGGGGGGAUUUUUUUUUUAAUUUUAUUUGAUGCCAGUCCAUUUGGAUGUUUUUGUUUUUUUUUUUUAAUUUUUUUUUUCCAUAAAUUGUCCCAGUUGUCUUCACUCAUCCCACCUCCCAAAAUGGGACAACAGAGGGGAAAAGAUCUGAAAAAAACUAAUUGACAUUUGAGUGUCAUUGUGUUUAAUAAGGGAUACAUAACAUUUAAGGCUGAAUACCUGCACAGAUGUGUUCAGUUAUAUUGUUAGUACCUCUUUUUGGGUUGCCUUGGUGUGUACAGACCACAGAAAGAAACAUAGUAGAUGCCACAUCUGGCUUGAACCAAGAAGAUGUCUUUCUAGCUGAAAUAACGAAAAAAAACACAUCUGUAAAUCAGGGACAGACAGAAACUUUAACACCAUAACUCCAGUAAACCAGUUCUCAAGUAUUCCUAUUGUGUUGUUUUCUUUUGCUUUAUCAUCUCUGUGGCAUCCGGACUCUUGUAUGCUCCGUUUGUGACUGGUUUUACUUGGUUGUGUAGUUUUGGAGCAGUAUAUGUUUAAUUCUUUUUAGUAUGCAUUACCCUCAAUACAUGUGGAAGGACUGUAAAUUACUUUCCGUCGCUCUCUUGGUCUGUUUGUCGAGAGGGAACAAGUGAUCAGGUCUUUCUGUGAAAUGUCGCCAUUAAAUAUUUAGCUUUGUAAA